UGGUAAAAUUAUUUUUUUAAUUAGACCAUGUUCUUCGUGGGGGUUGCAAUUUUUGGUGUUAUUUUGUCACCCGUGGUGUCGGAUUUGAUAGUAAAUCUACCAGAUGGAAGCAUCGAAGGUCACCAAAUGCUAUCAUCUGAAAACAAAUCCUUCUACGCUUUCCACGGAAUACCCUACGCUUCCCCGCCAGUGGGAGAGCUAAGAUUUCAGCCUCCAAUACCACCACAACCCUGGAGUGGAAUCAGAAACGCCAGCGAGGAGGGUGCUUCUUGUUUCUUUCUAAUCGAUUACUUCCCAGAUGGUAGGCCCAUAAGGGAAGACUGCUUAUUUAUCAAUGUAUACACACCGUCUUGGAAUAUUUCAGAACAGCUCCCAGUAAUGUUCUGGAUACAUGGUGGGGGAUUUGUAACUGGUAGUGGCUCAUAUAAAUAUUAUGGACCCGACUACCUCCUUGAGGAAAACGUGAUCGUGGUGACAUUUAACUACCGAUUAGGUCCUUUUGGUUUUCUGUCCACCGGGGAUAAAGCGAUCCUUGGAAAUGUUGGUUUAAAAGAUCAGUUGCUGGCACUCAAGUGGACCAAGACUAACAUUGCGCUAUUUGGAGGCGAUCCCGAGAAAAUAACUAUCUUUGGUGAAAGUGCAGGUGGGAUGUCAAUAGGGUUACAUCUUUUGAGUCAAAAAUCGUCAGGGUUGUUUCGGGCUGCUAUUUGUCAUAGCGGAUGUUCGUUGAGCGUCACCUACCAAUUGGAAGCCAAAUCUUUUAUAUACCAGUUGGCCCAAGUCCUGGACAAUAACAUAUCAGAGAAUAAUACCACCGAGCAUAUUAGAGAUUUCCUGUUAAAACAAUCUGCUGAAGAUCUGAAUGACGCGAGCGCCUACGUAGACGUUCAUGGCUUUGUGCCUACCUUAGAAAUAGAUGACGAGGAAGCAUUCAUAUCAGAUCCUAACUACGAACUUCUGGUUUCGGGACGAUUUAAUCAAGUGCCUCUUAUUUUGGGAACCAACUCGGAAGAAUCCUUGAGUUUCCUGACUUCCCUAGAGAAUGCCAAAAGUGCUGCGCAGACAUUUGACGAAGACUCAACCGAGCUGAUUCCAACCACUUGGAAUCUCUUACCGGACUCGAACAGAACGUUUGUUGGGGAACUGAUACGAAACGCUUACGUAGGUAACAACGGAUCGUUUCUCGUAAACCUAGCCAAAACGCUCGAGUACUCUACGGAUAAUAUAUUUAGAAGAGCUACAAUAAAGCAAGCCGAACUUGCGUCCAACUAUACGUCCGUCUAUAUGUACCAGUUCUCAUUUUACGGAACCAAAAGCUUGCCUAACUAUAAAGUAGAAGGGGCUGGGAAAGUCGCUCAUUUCGAUGAGCUGGCCUAUCUGUUCAAGAUGGAGCCCUAUCCAAUAGGUACCGACGCAGAUUUAUUAACACGAAGAAGAUUUACCAAACUGUGGACUAAUUUUGCCAAGACUCUAAAUCCAACUCCUGACGAAUCCGAAUUGUUGCAAAACAUCACGUGGCCCAAAGUUACUGCAGACAACAUCCAGUACCUCGAUAUAGAUGAGUCGCUAGUAGCGAAAUCACCCAAUAUGGGAGAGUUUACAACGUGGAGCAAGAUUUACGAUACAUACGAAGCUCAUCCACUUAUUGUGUUUUAA